AUAUGGUUUUCUUAGGUCAGGCUAGCCUUCGCUCAAAGGGCCCCCAGAAGCGUUCUGGGGCCGAAACGCCCCUUUUGCGACACACCUUUUUGAGGAUUAGCCGAAACGGCUAAUCCUCAAAAAGGUGCUUAGCUCACAAAACGUUCAAGGGGAAACGAUCAAAGGGUCGAAUCGAUGCUGAGAAUCGAGGUAAAACGGUGGCGUGGCCGCACGGAGUUUAGUUACAGUUAUCUCAUUGCGUGCAGCGCCACUGACUUUGUCGAUGUGUUACCAAGUGCAAUGAGAGUAUUGUGCACACCCAAGGGCACAAUGUGGAUUACAUGGCGUAAGUUUCCUGACUCCGGGUCUUUCCAAACACGACUUAUUGAUUCUUGA